AUGCCAUCCAACUCAUGGAGCAUCAUACAAAAGGGAACCUCGAUAACUACGGCAUCUGGUCGUUACCUAGUUGUCAAUAAAAUCAUUCAGGAGAGCGAAACUCCACUGCGCCGUAUUGGCCUUGCUGUGUUUGACAACCAGAAGUUCAUACUAAAGUAUGUACCUGAUUCUGAUUUUCGACAUAUCCAGGACAUCUACAGCAGGUUGGAUGGUUGCAUCUAUGUCCGUCAGUUGCGGGACACCAUCAAGGAGCACUCGAUCCUUAUCCACGACUAUCUGUCCGAUGAUCUUCUGAGCCUUGUCUCGAGAAAAACUACUUCAGCGCAAGACAGGAAACGGAUCCUUAGAGACACAUUACGUGGGAUUGCGGCUUUGCACGAGAAGGACAUCGUCCAUACAGAUAUCAAGCCAAACAACAUCUUGGUAGCAAUGAAAACGGAAGCUAGAGGAUGUGCUGUCGAAAAGGUCCAGCUUGCCGAUAUUGAGGAUGCAGCAUAUGUUCCCCCAGGAAGCGACAUCAUUGGCAAGUUAGUUGGGAACAGAAUGUGGCGCAGCCCGGAAGCCCACGCAAAUGGCCCAGUCAACAAACCAUCAGAUGUCUUUUCCUUUGGCAUCGUUUGCAUAUAUGCCAUUCUUGGACGUGUCAUUUUCGCAGUCGGCAAAGAAGAGUUGUCUGAUGACGUUGAACCCCAGGCAAUUAUCAUUGAGCGUCAAAUAUCCUAUUUCGCAGACAUGGAAGGGUUUAACGGAUUGUUGGAGCACCUUGGCAACAGCCAAUGGCGUCCGAUCUUUCAAUAUAUCCGAAGCGGGUUUGGUCGUGACAACCCGCGCGAGCCUAUCACUUUAUGGAAGGAUAUUGAUACGGAUUUCAAAAGUCUUGUUGCUGGUCUGACGAACUUUGACCCUAAAAAGAGGCUUACGGCGGCUGAAGCGCUAGAGCAUAAAUGGUUUCAGGAUGUCUAA